AUGGACGCGGCCGCAUUCAGCGCACUUUCUCGCGAGCUCUGCUCUUCCUCGCUCUCUUCUCACGAGAAGACGACUCUUUUCAUAACAGAAGUCGCAUCCAAGGAGAAAAAAAUCUCGUGCGAACAACUCGGGAUGUGUUUGAAGAACAUCUUAUUCGUCAACUUCCGCUUGCGAUGUUGCACGGAAACGGCGACGUACAUCACCGACUGGGAGAAAAACAGAGAGGAUUUGAAACGGUUGGUGAAAAAGUGGGAGUUUACAGAUUUCGAAGAGGCGAUCGAGGAGGAGAGGAAAAGGAGCGGAGGUCAAGGUGGUGGGAAUAUACCCGGAAAAGGAGGAGAGGGCAGAGAAGAGAAGAAUAAUCGAACUUUAGCGGCGUGGAGCAGGAAGAUCGAGAUGGAGGAAAAGGACGAGGACGACGAGGACGACGCGACGACGCUGCCAUUGGCCGUGGAGGAGAGGAAGAGCGGUGUUAACGGAAACGGAUAUAACAACGAGGAGGAGGAUUUGAAACAGAGCGCGAAAGAAACGGACGAUCCAACCUGGAUGAAACCGAUGAACGCGUACGAAACGAAAACCGCCGCGCGAUUGACGGAAACGAAGAGGGUCGGCGUCCGGUACGAACACUUUGAUAAAAAGAAGAACGUGCCAUUGGUCGAGUUACGUGUGGAGAGGGACGUGCCGACGUUUAGAGAGGAUUUCAAUACGAUCGCGUACGACGAGGAUUUCACAGGGGAUGUUAUUUUGGACGUGAAGAACGAGUUCAAGACUAAAGGAGGCGUGAAAGUUUUUUUGAAAUGUAACGAGUAUGGGCACUGGGAGAGUGGGUCGGGAAAACAUAGGAAAACACACACGAGAAGGAAAACGAGCUAUUCGAAAGAGUUCAAUUUGUUAUCUUUGGAGGACCAAAAUCGAACAUUUCGCGAAGGAGAGAGAAUAGUAUUACGGUUUAAAUUUGAUGAGAUAAUCGAUGCACCGAGCUUUUAUUUCGGCGGAGGUAGGACAACGUGCUACGUAAAGUGGCAAUUCGGCGUGUAUCUCGAUGUAGAUUAUGGUAAUGCAUUUAAGAAUGCGUUCGGAAGAGACGUUGAUUUUAAAUGCGAUUGUCAUCACGUCGGGAAAUAUUUAUCUAUUUCUGCCAACAAGCACUUGGGAACACCAACCGACCGCAAAAUUUCCGUCUCUGUUCCUUCUUUCAUGUGCUGCGGCGGUUCCAAAAACGGAGAUCUUGAAGGCCGCGUGUGGCUCGAACGCGAUCACUUUUCUGUCGCCGAUGACGUGUGGAGAAACCAAGCUUUACGCUCCGCGUUGCAAAUGCAAUUGAAAAACAGCAGUAAAAAAGAAAUCCAAAACGCGCGAUACGAAUUUCGCCGCUCUAUUUCCAUCGCCGGGCACUGUUUUAGCGACUACGUCGUGUCCAGCGGGUAUUUUCCGCAAUCUUUUCUUAAACCUGAAAUGAUGAGCUUUGAAAAUUUUAAUUUUCAGUUGUCCGUGACGGAGCAAGGGGGAUUGAGUUUCGCGAAUCAAGCGACCAGUCCUCCCACGAAUUACGCCAGAAUUGAGUGGAAGCUGGUGGUUAUAUUCAAAGUGAAUUACGCGUUCGAUCCGAAAAUUGUUUUUCCGAUAACGCUGUGUUCUCGAUUUGUCGCGUGA